CACAUAGCAGCAAGCCUCUCUUUUACAUACUCCCUUCCCCUAAACAGGAAUAUAUGUCAUGUUUUAAACAGGAAUAGAUUUUAUAUAUUUUAAACAGGAAUGGAUGUAGUAGGCGGUUUUCUGUCACACAGUUUCUUACAUCAUCCCUUCUGUCUGGAUUUUUCUCAGAAUUCACCCAGAAAACAACAAUUCGGCACAGACUGAGACUCCUGGAUCCUACAGUGUUUUACAGCACUAUCUACUCUUACCAGUGGCUGCUGAAAUAGGAGGAGAAACUGCUGCCUGAGGCCUGAGAACAGGGAGGCUAAGAUUCUAAGACUGCCACACAGGCAGCUCAACAGUCAUGUCAGCCUCCCUCCUGGUCGCUGAUCCCAUCUAUGCCACGGUUGUCCACACUGCCAAGGCUAAGGCAUGGGAGUCACCAGGUGCCGUGCCUGUACCUCCAGUCAGGCUGAGGGCUCCGGUGGACCUGAAGCUGACCCGCAGUCUCUCCAAGUCAGACUCAGACCUGUUUGUGUCUUCCCUGAGUGAAGAGGAUGGGGGUCUGAACGGCCACUGUGAGUCUGUGACCAACUGCAACUCUGGGAAAAAACGGAUGGAGAGAUCGCCCUCCUUCGCCUCAGAGUGGGAUGAGAUUGACAAGAUAAUGAACCUGAUUGGAGCAGGCAUCGAAUCGUCCAAUGACAAGCAGUGCAUAUCCCCAGAUGGGGCCUGCAGCAAAGCCUUGGACCAGCCCGUGGGAGAGUGGCUGGAGCAUGUGGGGCUGCCACAGUAUGAGAGCAAGCUGCUGCUUAAUGGCUUCGACGACCUACGCUACAUGGGCAGUAACGUGAUGGAGGACACGGAUCUUAGAGAUAUGGGAAUCACUGACCCUGGCCACAGAAAGAAGAUCAUCCGUGCAGCACGCAGCUUGCCCAAGGUGAAAGCCCUGGGCUGUGAUGGCAGCACCUCUCUGUCCACCUGGUUGGAUGUGCUAGGCCUCCAGGAGUACUUGCCUAACUUCCUGUCCAGUGGCUACCGUACCUUGGACUGUGUGAAGAAUCUAUGGGAGCUGGAGAUUGUCAAUGUGUUGAAAAUCAGCCCUCUGGGCCACAGGAAGAGAAUCAUAGCGUCUCUGGCAGAGCGGCCCUAUGAGGAGGCCCCGACCAAAUCACAGAUCUCUCAUCGUCUCUCACAGAUCAGGUUUCAGGACCUGUUGUCCCAGACAGGGACCUCUCCUCUGAGUCAGAUGGACCCUUCCACCAGUCGCUCCAUGGACAUGCUCCUGCCCUUGGGAGAGGGAAGCAGGAGGAGGAGAGCCAUGGACCAGGACUGUAGCGUGUCCCUGCGCUCCUACAGCGAGAGACCCCGCUCCCACGACAGGCAGAGUGACCGACAAAGGGAACCCCGUUUGACCCUCCGGCCGCCGAGCCAGUCUGCCACGUACACCACGGUCUCUGCUUGGCAUCACCAGCCUGAGAAACUUAUCUUAGAGUCUUGCGGGUAUGAGGCCAGUUAUAUGGGAUCAAUGAUUAUCAGGGAUCUAAGGGGGAUUGAGUCCACUCAAGAAGCCUGUGCUAAAAUUAGGAAGUCAAAGGACCAUUCAAAAAAGGGUCCCGUUGUCAUCCUCUCCAUCACUUAUAAAGGGGUCAAGUUCAUUGAUGCCGCCACUAAGACAAUAGUAGCCGAGCAUGAGAUCAGGAACAUCUCCUGUGCGGCCCAGGACCCCGAUGACCUCUGCACCUUCGCCUACAUCACCAAGGACAGUAAGAGUGGCCACCACUUCUGCCAUGUCUUCAGCACUGUGGAAGUGACUCAAACUUAUGAGAUCAUCCUGACACUGGGACAGGCAUUUGAGGUGGCCUAUCAGCUGGCUCUCCAGACCAAGGCCAGGCAGUAUGUCCCAGUCCCCCCACCGUCUCUGGGGUCAGAGGUCAUUGAGACCAAAUCCAGUCGGCCCACGUCACAACAAUGGAGCAGCAUGAGGAGAUCAACAGGUGCCCCUCUGCUAGAAUGCCGCUGCUGUUACUGUCACACGUGUACUACCCACCGCCCCUCCUUCCUCCCGUUGCACUCUGUUAGCCCUGGAGUCCAGAUUGACCCUCUGGAGAUGGACGCAGACAUGCAAUCCCUGGGCAGCGCCACCUGGCUCUUCAACCAGAGAGACUCCAACAAGCGCCCUGUCAGCACCAAGUACGAGACCACCAUAUUCUGAGGCUGGAUCCCCUGCACCGACCUCACCCUAUCCUAGCACCCAGUUUGCCCCCUUACCUCCACCGCCCUCUCUCUCUGUCUCAUGAGCCCUGUGCCUUCUCACUGUGAUGGUAGCAUCCCUAUGCGCUGCCCCUUCUCAUCUGCCCUGCUCUGACCUACACAAACCUUGCACUGCUCUGAGAUCACACAUCCCUGCUGCCCUCUCUCCUGUCCUGUUCUCACCCCUAGGCAGCCCGUUACCCUACUCCUCCUGACACUGCUGCAGCCGCUGAUGGGGCCCCUUGACUUGUGGAUGGACCUGGUGUGAACCUACAAUGGCCCUGUUCUCUCAACCAAACUGCCUCCUCCUCCCCCCAACUACUCAUCUGCAUCCACCCCUAUUACGUUUAUCAUCAUUGAAGAGAUUGUGGCUUUUUUGUUCUCUUCCUGUCAUGCUAUUCUUUUUCCAAGUGACUCCCUUCAGUCGAAACAAUCCUGACUUUUUUUUCUGUUGAGCUACCUGUUGCAUUUUUACCUGACAGUAACAUGAUUUGCAUUGGCUGUACUGCCAAUGUAAACAAGAAAAUUGCAAACCUUCAUAAGUUCCUCUUUUUAUCUAAUACCAAAGGAGUACUGCUCUUGGGCUAUUAUCCACAGAGUUUUGGUCCCAUGCAGUGGAAUAAAGAUCAUUAUCAUGUCCCAAACUCAGCCUAACCUUCCCAAACAACCUCCUCAGUCAUAAACAAUAUUUUAUUCCCUUCCCAAAGGGAUUAACAAUUUUUCUCAUCUUUUUAAUGUGUUUAUUUUUGUAUUUCACUUUUUCCCCCUCAGACAAGUUUAAUAUUUUUCUUUUCCUAUCUGUAGUUUGUCCUGUCUUACCAGGCAUCUACCACUGUGAGGCACUGCGAGGAGACAUAUCUAGCCUGGGAUGCAUGAAGGACAGAAAAUCUAUAAGACAAAAAACAAUCAACAAACUUUUUUCUAUGCAUUUUUAAUCGUACAAUGAUGGAUCGUCAAGGAAUCUUCCCUUUCCAUGUAUAAUGGAUCAAAAACUGAACCUCAAUUUCCUGUGUGAUUCUGUACACAAAUGGACAGGACAACUCUUCCAUCACUCUGCCAAGAACAGUAAUAGCCUUACUUCAAUCUGGCAAUCUAUCAGUUUAAAUCUAAACAUAAUCAAUUGAGCAUCCUUGCCACCAUCACACAUUCUCCACACUUGCUGACUGCUGCACGCAUCUUUCGUGGUUUAAAAUACUUACAACACUUUUGAGUUGACAACACAUGAACACUUUGGCUGAGCUGCAGUGAAGGUGUUGUAAUGGUACAGGUUUGUCUAGAUAAUAAUGUAAAUGAUGCUCUGUAGCUCCACAGUGUGCAAGGUGCCUCACCAGUCAUUUUAUUACCAAGAGAGACUGUUCGGCUCAUCAGAGAACACUGUGUUAAAACAUGGCACUAUCCCCUUUAAAACCUUUUUGUUUGUUUCAAAAAUGAUACGGUAUGUAUUUUGUUUAACAAUUAUUAAUAAGGAAUGCUUUUAAAAUUAACUGGGAUUCCUGAAAAAAUGUAUUUACUGAAAGAAACCAAGGGAAAUCGUAGCAACACCACAAUGUAUUGCCAUAGUAAAAUAAUGCAAAUACAAAUUCAUGACAAGUUGCCAAAACACCUCAUGAAGGUACAUUUGAUGGCAAUAAUUUCAUUUGCCAAUUCAUUGUGAAAGGUAUAAGAUAUCCCCAAUAACAUUGCUUAAAUUCUUUUAUAUGAGGCAAGGCAGGUUGUGUUGCCGGACUCCUGAUGCAACUGAUUCAGCAUGAGGUAAAAUGUGUCACUAGAAAAUGAACAACAGUGCCAAGGAUUCAGGCUUACUCAUAGUUUGAACUUUAAAUUUGAGGGAUCUAAAUGUAAUUAGAUAUGGUUUUAUUAUGCAAAUUUACUUUGGGUUGAAAAUAUAUUUGAAACUGCAUUCUUGUUUUUCCUUUCACUCUGUCUAAUACUGCAGGUCUACAGGAGCUAUCUGUUUGUAUUAUCUACUUGUGUUUUGCUCAACCUAUUUUGUGUGCUAUGUUGCCUUGUGUUGUGUCCUCCUGUGAGGAUGGCCUGUUUUGUCUCUGUCCGCUGUCCUCAUUCUGUGUCCCCUGCUGCAGGAUAUGUUAUGCUUAGCCUCUCUCCAAAUGGCACAGGAUGGCUGACUGGAGAAUGAGUGUUAAGACUUGACAGUCUCUGUGUGGUACUGUAGCUGUGUCUCAUCGUUGUUCUGUUCUGACUGAUACUGUAUCUGGCACUGAUGCAUGUGGCAAUAUUUGUGUUUCGUCCUCUGAUGCACUUGGCCCAUUGAGGUGUACAUAUGUAGCAGUGUCUGUUUAGUUUUUUCAUAUCAUUUGCCUUUUGUUUAACUGUAUCCAUUAUUACAACACAAAUACAGCACCUCAUCUCA